AUGGCCACUCAUAAGAAGCCUACCAAUGAUUCUCCUGCUGCUGCCUCAAAAACCGCCGAUCCACUCUUGAAAUCUCUCAAAUUACGAGUCGGACAAUUCAACUUGCUCAACUUUCAUGACCCUGGAAAGCCUUGUUAUGGUCGUUCUUACACCCAAGACGAAGUUGAUGGCAAAGUCGAGUGGACAAGCCAGCAACUACGAGCUAUGAGAUGCCAUGUUGUAGGUUUUGAGGAGGUCUGGUCUCUUGCUCCUCUAAAAGCUGCAAUAGCAAAAUCAGGCAUCUAUCCAGACAGCUACUCCCUUGUUGGUCCUGGUGUUGAUGGAAGCAGGCCUGCUGUUGCGCUACUCAGCGUCUUCCCAAUCGUCGAGACUGACUAUUUCGAUGACUUUCCCCCUGAAGUUAUCUUGAUUUUCGGAGAGAAUGGAAUCGAUCUCCCCAUUAAAAAGUUCCAACGUGGUGUACUACGCUGUGUCGUGAAAAUGCCAAACGAUCGUCUCGUAACGUUCUUUGUUGCCCAUUUGAAAAGCAAAAGACCGAUAGUCACUAUUCAAGAACGAGACGAUGCAAAAGCAUCUGCUAUCGGAUCCGCUCUUUCCUUAAUCGUCCGAUCUGCAGAAUCUGCCGCUUUACGGUGUUUGGUCAUUGAUGAAACUGACGGUAGACCUCAACAUUCGAAAAGGAAGGGUGCUUCUUCUCCAGGCAAAAGUGGUGACGAACAGGAAGAGGAACAGUCAACUAGUGCUGCCGGAGUCAAGGCUACGACAAUAGUAUUGGGAGACCUGAAUGAAACGGUGCACUCGACUAGCACAGAGAUUGUUACCGGCACUAAACCUUUCAAGAAACUGCCAUUCUGGGUGAAGCAGAAUGUGUAUAGAAACAUGCUCUCUAGCACGAAUGACGUCCAGGUGAGGUCUUCGGACAGAGACGUCACAUAUUCCCAUAUUUUCAACGGAAGGUACGAUGUGCUGGAUCACAUCCUAGUGUCGAACGAUUUGAUACGAAGCAAUCCCCUACACAUUGGUUAUGUUCAGUUGCUUCACCAUUUAAAUGAUCAUUUGAUUGACGCUACGUUAAGCGAGAGAGAUGAUUGGGGAGAGGGUGUGUUGCGGGCCGACGGUGAUUCCCAUUGGAACAAGUCGAAAUAUACCAGUGAUCAUGGUCAAUGUGUGGCACUAAUCAAACUAUUUCCGAAGGGCCAGAAUGGGCAAAAUCGAUUUGUUGCCAGGAGAAAAGAGGGUGCAGAGAAUGCGGAAACAAAUGACGAAGGGCUGGACGAUGCUGAUGAAUUGGAUUUGCAAUAUCACAACAAGCUACGAAUUUGA